CUCCACUGAAACAACUUAUUUGCUGGUUCAACGCCGCUGUUACAGAUCAUGAGUGGAUUCAAGGGGGUAAUGAAAGAGGGCUGGCACCCUAAGGGUAAAGAUGGGAAGAAGGAAAGUUGGAGGAAUGACUUCAAAGGCAUAAAUCAAGUGGCAGGAUGGAUGGGGAAGGGGAAGGACAACACUAACGAUCGUGAAGAGCAUGUUUCGGCACCUCUUUCUUCGCUCAAGGACCCAGCAUCUUUUGGACCACCGCCGAAGCAUAUCAAAUAUCAUGGCGCUGCCGCUCUGCCGAAUGAGACAACGCCGGAUCGGAGAGGACUGGGUGCCCCGUUGCCACAAGAACAGAUAGAUCGUCAAAAUGCUCAAGUGCAACAGCAGCAGCAACAAAUGCAAUUGCAGGAGGAGGCUGCUCAAAAACCAGCACCCCCGCCGCUGCCAUAUCGUGCGAACCGGACGGGUUUGGACACCUCUAACCUUCCGCCGCCCCCAGUCAGACGCAUGGGUUCUCCAGCAGAUUCCGUACCACCCCCCAGUUCCAGACCCAAACCCAAUGUUCCGCCGCGACUUCCUUCUCGCAACAAUUCGACUCCAUCCCCGCACCCGCCUACCCCGCCCCCGGCUUACUCUCCCCAUUCUCAGACCCCUACGCAUGCCGAAGAAUACAUAAACCAAGGCGCUGCUUCCCGCCUUUCCCAAGCUGGUGUGUCAGUACCUGCACUUGGAAUAGGAAAUAAUACCAGUCAGUGGGGAAGAGAUAGCAGUUCUCCCGGUACUGCGUCCCCAGCAAUUGCAGGCUCUGUCGGUCAAGCACCGGUGAACGAAUUGCAAUCCCGUUUCUCGCAAUUGAGGACUACCUCCUCGAGCUCUCCUGCUCCUCCCCCGCCGCCAGCACGAACUUAUACGAAUGGCAGCACGGCCCAGUCUGUAUCUAGCCCGGAGCCCAGAAGUGGCUCCUCUACAGUCAGUGAAUUUCGGGAGCGACAUAACGACAAGAUCCAAGCGGGGAAACAGAAGCUGAAUGGGCUGAACGAGAAGUACGGGAUUUCCCAGCGAGUCAACAAGUUUUUUGACGAUCAGAAGACUCCCAGCACUCAAGCACCUCCGGUGCCACCUCACCCGAAUGCAAAUAGUUCGACAUCCAGUGUUGACACGGAUGCAUUGAGUAAAAGAAAGGCUCCGCCGCCACCACCUCCUCCAAAGAAGGCGGGGAUGCGUUCAACGCCUGUCGCCGGGUCAGCCCCGACGCCGCCGCCUCUUCCUUUGAACACCAAGCCCCGUUGAGCGGAGGUCUUGACUGAUGUGUUAGCAGUCCGCUUGGCCCAUUGAUGGGUCAUGUAUCAUUAGUAUAUAUAUCGUUGCAUAGCCAUGUCACACUGUAUACCUAUUAUUACUAUGACUGUCCUGAC